CUACUUCUCCAUCACCUCAGCCCCCCACCUCUGCCGACCAUCACCUUAAUCACCAUCCACCACACCUCCAUGCACCAAACCCUUUCUCCACCUACCAACUCCGCCGAAAUCCAUCAUCACCAACUUCAGCCCCAUCUCCAAGCACCAUCACUAUCAAAUCCCAUCACCACACCAAAUCAGCUCCAAAAUUCCAUGCCUCCAUCUCACCCCAUCAACACCAACUUCACGCCACACCAUCAUCAUUUUCACGCAUCAUCGGAGGAAGCAAGCAGCAACACAUCAACCUCAGACUUAAUUUCGGCUGACUUUCUCCCAGGUUUCAUUGUUUUAUUUAUUUUUGAGAUGAUGUGUAGCCGCCGUACUAUUUAAUUUAAUUUUAUUCAUGAUUGUGACUUUUUCAUUAGUUGAUAUUUAAUAUUCUUGUUUUUAUUCCAUGUGAGUAUUUGAUCAUCACUUCCAUGGAAGAAAAUUGAUCCGGUAUUUGGGUAGAAGGUAAAAAGAAUCUGUCACUUCCUGGAUCUCUCCUUUUCUUUAUCGAAUUAGGGCUUACCUGGUAAUUUACUUGUAUAUAUAUGGGUUUGAUGGAGGUGUUUAACUCGAUAUUAGUCGUAACAAUUAGGGCAAGAAUCUACGGUAUCAAUUGAAAAUCUACUAGGUUUGUGUUGUUUUGAUUUUUUUUUUUUUUUUUUAAUUUGAAUUUGAGGUGAGAACGAUGAGGACAAUCUGCCGUGGACCUGGACGCUUAUCCUCUAAGGCGAAAACGGUUGAUCCGAGCUCUAGUGGAAGUGAAUCAGGCUCUUGUGAUGAUGAUGUGAUUGAAGAGAUUUACCUUCAUCCGGAUGGGUCUUUUCCGGAGUAUGGCCCUGCAUUUGAAAAGGGAACCACAACUUUAGCUUUUAUUUUCAAUGAAGGAAUAAUGGUAGCUGCUGACCAUUCAAGGAAUUUGUCAAAUUCUGCGCCAAACGUUGUUGAACUCCAUUCUCACAUGCUUGCCACUCUAUCUGGAGGUAGCGAAAGUAUGCUCCGAGAACUGCAACAGAAGUGCCACCAACAUGAAGUUAAUGAGGGAAGAAGACCUGAAUUUGGAGAGGUAUUGAAGUGGCUGCGCCAGACCCUCUCUUCUUAUGGUGAGAAGGAACUGCCAUCAGGAAUAUUGAUCGCAGUGUGGGAUGAAAAGAAACCUGGCCUGUAUCGCAUCAGGGGUAGGGGAGAAGUGCUUGAAGAUUCAAUUCUUGCUACUGGAUCUGGUUCAGGAGGUGCUUAUGCUAUUUUGGACACCCAGCACCAUGAUGAUAUGUCCGAAACUGAAGCUGCGAAGUUGGCCAAUAGAGCACUUUGUGUGGCUGCACAUGCAGCUCCUAAAACUGGUGAUCUCGUUAGUGGUAUGUUUGUGAUCUCCUGGUCCCUUGUUUUCUUGAAAUGCUGGUUUUUUAGCUGAAGAUAAGUUCUUGUGUCUUUAUUUUGAAUUUCCCUGAUCAGUACUCUUCUUCUGUUUGCAAGUCUACCACCUUGGAAGGAUGGGGAGUGAGCAGCUCUUUACUGUUGAUGUGGUGGAAUGGCAAAAAGAGAACUUAAAAGUCCCAAGAUGCAAGUAUGUAGUUAUUGGACCCGGAUGGUGAAAUAUUGGUGGUGUGUGUUCGAAGUACACUUGGAUUCUUGCAGAUUGUAUAGCAGAGUGUGUAGGUGCCCUUUUAACAUGGAUUCUUGCAGAUUUUAGUAGUUCUUGUGUCAAUCUGCCAAUACAAUGUCUACUGUCUUUAAAGCAUAAAUUUUCAUCGCAUGGUGAUUUUGCACUAAAUUUGUUCAGAAUUUGUUUGGCGGAAUCACUUGUCUUACAAAAAUAUUGGUAGGAGUAGGAAUAGUACUAGUGGUAUCAAAGUGCAGGUAUUUUUAAAGGUGGAUAAUUUCAUUCUAAAUUGCCUGGAUGCUAGAAUUUAUUUUGGGAAAAUAACCACUUCUUUUGUAAACCAGA